CUCUCCGUCCUUUAACGUCUUCGAAGCAAUCUGUCCAUGGAAAAGUCAGAACAUUAAAGCACUAAGAGCUUGUCUUCCAACCAUGCAAAUAUCAUUUAGCCCAAGUUAAGAUAUAAUUGUAUUGAAUAGAUUUGUGGAACCUGAAAUGGCCAAAAUGUACCACCGGGAGAAGAGUAUUCAGCUAAAGAGCAGUGCUUCAGCGCUCUACAACAAUUUAAGUGUGCUACGUUUGGCACCACGUUCUCUCACGCAUUUUGCCGUUGUGCAUGCCAAUGUAGUGAACCUAGUGAGUGCCUCCUGGGAUGGGCUCAACUACUCACAUCGACAGCUGCAAUCCAAAGAGGGCAACGUGGUCACCAGCUCCUCGCUCAUCAUGCAGGCAGCUUGGUGUGUUCUUCCAUCUAGAGAUCUACUGGUUGUCACUUCUCAGAAAGGGAUUCAGAUGUAUGAAUCUGAUGGAUCUAUUAUGGUGUACUGGCAUGCACUGGACUCACCAGAGACACCCACAGCUAAGGCUAUUUUUGCAAGGGGGAUUGCUGCUGUGAGGGACAAAUACAUCUGUGUAGGGGUCUCCUCUGGGGCAGUGCUGGUUUUUGAUGUUCCCAGUAAAGGAAGUAACAUCACAUUGUCUGAAGUCCUGGAGAAACACACCGAGGCUGUCACAGACAUGGCUUCUGAGUGCUCAGGAAGUGCGGAAUACAUUGCUGAUUUGGUUAGUGCUGAUGAUUCAGGCCUUCUGUGUGUGUGGAAGUCUGGGGGGGACUUUCAGCUUCUCAACAAGAUCCCUGGAUUUGAUAUGAGCUGCUCGUCAGUGAAGCUGUGGAAAGGCACGGUCAUAGCUGCCUACGGCACAGGACAAAUCCGCCUCUAUGAGAGUGUCACUGGGAUAUUGCAUGCUGAAGUUAAUGCCCAUGCUCGCUGGAUCUACUCCCUAGAUAUUGCUCCUUUCACUGGACUGCUGCUCUCAGCUGCUGAGGACUCCUUUGUUCGCGUGUGGCAUUUAAACCCAGCACCAGAAAACAACAGUGUGGAGAUUGAGCACCUUUAUAAUGAAUGUGUGACUGACACUCAGAUUUGUGGAGCCAGGUUCUGUGAUGGUGACGGCUACGCUUUUGCUGUCACAGGCUAUGACCUAAGUGAGAUCAUCCGCUACACACAGGCAUAAAAGACUCCCUCCAAUUCUCCUGGUCCUGUAAAACUUUUGCAAAAGUCAUAACACACAGCACCGGAACAGUUUAUCUGUGAGUUGGCACAUAUUUCAGGAACAGUGAGGCUGGUCAGGCAGAAUGUCAGCAGUGCUUCAUGUUGUUUGUACAGUUGACUGCUUUGCUCUUCUUUGAGUGCAAAUUUAUUAUAAAGAUUAGAUAACUUGUAAUGCUAAUGUUACAGAAUACAGUUAGAUCUCUUUUAAAAUAGAGAAAAAAUAAGUGUGGCAUGUACUGUACUGUCAAGUGCACACGUUUACAUUCCUAUUAAGAUAAAAUGAUUAAAAAAGGCAGAUAAAGCAAACAAAUAUUGAAUGUUCAAUUGAUCUCCAUCUGAAGACAAAUUGUAUGUCCACAUCUAUUAUAUUUCAACCUCUAUUUUUGUAGAAGAAUGAUCUUUUUUACAUUACCAAAAAUGGGGGGAUGAAUACUUUUCACUUUUUUACACACACACACACACACACACACACACACACACACACACACACACACACAUAUAAGAGAGAGAGAUAUAGAUAUGUGUUUGUAUGUACAUGUAUAUAUACCAUAUGUCUAGUAUUGACUGUACAGUGUGAAUUUGUUUAUUUAUUUUUAAGAAGUAUUCCUUAAGGAAUUUUGAUGUCUUAAUUAAUGCAGUCUUGUAUGCCUAUUGGGAUAUAAUAUUAAAGUAUUAAAGCUUCUAGAUGCUGAAAUAUAUGUACAUUAAUAAACAAUAAACAUUAAUUUGUUUUAGUCGUGUUUGGACAGUGUCACCAGU